CAUUACAACCCCUGGCUGCCAGUUCUUUGCUUGGGUCCCUAACUAGGAUAGUCUGAGCUCUCUGCACUGCACAGCAGCCACUAUUUGGACUUUGCGAGCCUUUAAGGUGCACCCACCAUAGUCAGUGUGUUCAGCAAGUCUGGCAGUGGAGCUUCUAUGGAAUUGCAAACACAUGCUGGAAUGCUUUCCAUACACACAUGAAAGUGGAUGAUUAAAAGGGACAGGUCCUGUAGGCAGGGCAGCAGCAGGCAAGUUGCUCUCUGGAUGCGGAUCUGGGAAUAGUUUUGCGUUGCACACAGGGAUCAGUUUGGCUGCUACUUGCACAGGAAAAAAGCACAGAAUUAGGGGACAGUAGACUUGGCUGCUAUUGGGGUGGGUCCCACAGGAGACUUGGCUGCUAUUGAGGUGGGUCCCACAGGAGACUUGGCUGCUAUUAAGGUGGGUCCCACAGGAGACUUGGCUGCUAUUGGGGUGGGUCCCACAGGAGACUUGGCUGCUGUUGGGGUGAGUCCCAGAGGAGACUUGGCUGCUGUUGGGGUGAGUCCCAGAGGAGACUUGGCUGCUAUUGGGGUGGGUCCCAGAGGAGACUUGGCUGCUGUUGGGGUGAGUCCCAGAGGAGACUUGGCUGCUUUUUGGGUGAGUCCCAGAGGAGACUUGGCUGAUCCUGACCCUGAUACUUUUUCCCACCAUGCUGGGCUCCAGGACUUGCCUAAGGUGGCUGCUUUUGUUGUUGUUCUUCUGCAAUGUGGCCCCAGAGGGAUGUCCAGAGGGCACCUCUUGUACCAACAGCCCAGCGGAGAGUGAGUCCCACAGGCAGUGUGUGGGGGUGAGGUGCCCGGCCAGGACAGGCAGGAACCCCCGCCCCUCCCCGCAUCUCCCGAGCAGCAGUGGGAGAGUUAAUGUGCUGCACCCCGCCCGGGAGGAGCUAGUGAGUGCGGGGCAGGGAGCGCCGGACACCUGGGGGGCGCAGCAGCACGCUAAUGGCAACAACAGCAGGGACUGUAAAGGCAUCGAGUGCAAACUGCCCCUCAGGAUCCGCCUGAAGUCCCGUAGCCGGGCUCCCUGCGUUGGGGAAGGCUGCCCCCAAGUGGAGGGGCAGAGGGACUCUCAGGGUAUGGUGCGUCUGUCUGACAGAGCCGCUCAUUUCAUUGGGGAGGUGCCGGACUUUCAGUACGGGACAUCGGAGCUCGGAGCAGCCCCCCUGGGAGUCCAACUCACCUGCGAUAUUAAACCAGGAGAAAAUGAGGUGCCUUCAGAGGAUGCUCUGAUUCUCCAGCUGCAGCUUGCGAAGGGGCAGGAGAAGUUUGUGGAGUUGCUGAAGAGUCAGCAGAAGACCAUUACUGACCUGCAACAAAAGCUCUCAGAGCAACAGGUCCUUCUCGUUAACCAGCAACGGGAAAUCAUAGAGCAGCAAAGGAAAAUGUAUGAACAAAUGGAUAUGAUUAAGGUCCAGUACAGCAUCUUGUUUGAUACGGUGAAGCAAAUGUCCUUUCAGAGUUUGCAGGAGGACAUUCAGAAUUAUUUUGAAGCACAUCUUCAAGGAUUACAAAACCAGGUGAGGAACCACCUGCAGAAAACCUACUCUGUGCACAAGGUCGACGUGGACGCAAAGGUCAUUGAUGUCGGAGGGCCUUUACUGGCCUGCGAUUCCUGUGAAAGAGAUGAAUUCUGCAAUUUCCAGAAGAUGCCUCCCCAGUGUGAGAAAUGCACAUUGUGCCCUGCUGGGUUUUUUCAGCUGUCGGAAUGCUCUGAAACUGUUGAUCGCAUUUGCCAGGACAGAGACGAAUGCAUGGAUUCUCCUAGCAUCUGUGGAGAGAAGAUUAAGUGCUUAAACACUCCAGGUGGCUUCCGAUGUCUUGGUGUUGCAGAGAAGGACGCGGCUUUGGGACUUUGUGGUGAACAAUACUUUUUUAAUAAGGAGCUGCAGGAAUGUCAGGCUUGCUCAGAGUGUGAAGAAGGCAUUGUAUCCUUCCCAUGUACGGCCGAUAGCGACACUGUCUGUAGUGAAGCUAGUGAGAGCAAGUUAUCAGAGUCAUGGUCGGCAAAUAUCUCCCUGCCCUCGGCAAAGCUGACAAACUCCCAGGUGUAUCCGGGGCUCAACCUGAAAGUCAAGGAGAAGCAGCAAUGUGAAAUUCUCUCCCCUGAUGAUAAUAAGUUAAUAUUCAAACAACAUGGAUUACUGUGGGCUGACCUCAAUUUUGCAGUGAAGCAUAACUGCAGGAAUUUCCUCCAACUGUCGCUGAAAAUGAAUAACAGCGAGGAGGGAUACGAGCUAAGCGGCUCCCGUAUAGAACAACCCGAUGGGAAAUACUUUCAGAGCAUCAGUAUAAGUUGUGCAGCGGAGGUGGAACCAAGUCACACGUUAUCCGUUUUUCUCAAGAGCCCCAACCAGUUCUGCAACCAAAGUAAAGAUUUACACGUCUACGACCUGAACACACCCCUGAGCAUCUUCUGGUUGUCCCACGACACCGGCGCUGUCGCAAUGACCGCUCAGAUGUCGACUGCCAUGCACUAUCAGACCAAUUACAGGCCUACUUUUAAAAUCAUUUCAGUUUCAGACCCGUACAUGGUCAGCUUAUCGCACGAUGGAAGAAGCAUCAAAUUUACAGAAUCUGGAGUUGUAAAAUUUGUUUUCCAGCAAGCUCUCUACUCUAUGGGUCCGACCUGUGUCCGAGAAGGCUUUUCGCUGAUCUCUUACAUCAAUAGAAAUGGCACGAAUUCUGAGCUAAUGCAGAUCUUCAAGUCUGGAGUGAACUACAGAGACACUUCCAUUUCAGCAUCUGGAGCUGGAAAGGUCAGCGCCGGAGAUGUAAUAAGCUUUGAGAUAAUAUCUCCGGCACAGUGCAAUGUCCGCUAUUUUGGAGAAAAUUCUGGCAUAAGUAUACUGAGCCUGAUUUGGAUCCCAACAGCAAUUUCCACUGCUAUUACAGCCAAAGUGUCCAGUACUGGUCUGCCUACAGGCGCCGUGAGAAAUAAACUCCUGCACUUUCAGGAUCCGUCUAAUGACAGAAUUAUAAAGCUCAUGACCUCUGGCCAGUUUGCCCAUAAAUAUUUCAUGUUUACUGAACGCGGAACCGUUAGUAUAUCGCUUCACCUGAAGUUAAUUCAUUCCUGCAAUAUUAUAAAAUUGACCUUGAAUAAACUAGUCAGUGAGCAAGGUCCGUCAGCCACAGUUGCCCAACAAAUAGGCGGACAGAUGCCGGAGGGAAGCCUUUGGACUAGUGUGUCCUUCCGCUCUUCCUUUGAUGUUCAGAAUGGUACAAAGAUAUCAGUUUCCCUUGAUUGCGUACGUGGGAGGAUCAACCAAAUUGCCCAUGAUCAAGGAACGAAUUUUUCAAUUUUAUGGGUUUCCUCUUAAAAAAACACAUAGCGGUCACCAUGAAAUGUGCAUUAUUCAUGGCAUUACAUGAAGAAGAAAGAUUCCAGACACCGCAUAUGAAUUCCGACGGCUGCAAUUUAUCAUGCAGCGGUCCCCUGCGUUGCCCAGGGCUUGCACAAUGAAGGGGGAAGCCAAUUUUUCCUCUAAUUUAUGUUAAAAAGCACAGCUGAAGGCCAAAGGACUUUGUUAACUUUUGUAAGAGGAAGUAAAUAAGGGGGAAUCAGGCCUGUUUUGCUGGCCAAUCAUGGUUGCUCCCUUCAUUUUUUUUUUUUUUUUAAAAUGUUGCAUAAAUAUAUAUUUAUAUUUUAUAUGAAAAACUAUAUUUCUUUUGCUUCAUUAAGCUAUAUAAAUUAUAUAAACCAUAUUUGUGUUGGACUUUUACAUUUUAGAGCAUGUAUUCUGCAGAUCCAAUUGCAUAACGGAUGUCUAAAACUCUAUGGGAAUCAUUCCAAUGAAUGCGCAGUAAACCCCAUACAUACUUAUUACAGAACCAGGUGUUCAAACACUACAUUGUUAUUAACCUGGUGAAGAAAAUGGGGGUUGGGGUAAGCAUACCGUCUAUUUUUAUUUCUUGUUGUUUGCCUUAUUAAUGGUUAUGUACUUGGUUAAAUAAAAUCUGUAACUAAGUGA